ACACAAAUGUCCUCAGCGAUGCAUAGCAAUCGGAAAGAACAUUUGUACAAAAUCCUUGUCAUCGGUGAUUUGGGAGUAGGGAAGACCAGCCUCAUCAAACGGUAUGUGCAUCAGACGUACUCCACUAACUACAGAGCGACCAUCGGGGUGGAUUUUGCGCUCAAAGUUCUCAACUGGGACUCAGAGACGGUCCGGCUGCAGCUGUGGGACAUCGCAGGUCAGGAGCGGUUCGGGAACAUGACGCGGGUUUAUUACCGGGAGGCCAUGGGGGCGUUCAUUGUUUUUGAUGUUUCCAGACCCACCACGUUUGAGGCUGUCUCCAAAUGGAAGGAGGAUCUGGACUCAAAAUUAAUACUUUCAAAUGGCCAGAGUAUCGCCACAGUCCUCCUGGCCAAUAAGUGCGACCAAAAUAGAGACUUUCUGACUAACAACAGCCUGAAGAUGGACCAGUACUGCAAGGAGAAUGGAUUUGUGGGCUGGUUUGAGACAUCUGCUAAGGAAAACGUCAACAUUAAUGAAGCUGCCAACUUCCUUGUGAAACACAUAAUUGCCAGUGAGAAUGAUAUCUUGAAAUCAGUGGUUCCAGAUACCAUCUCUCCUCAGCUCCACUCUGAUAAAGAAAUGACCUGUUCUGCAUGUUUCAAACCCUGAGAGAAGGUGGCAGCAAUCUAUGGCAGCAUUAUUGGUGGUCCUUGGAUUGAAGAGGCCCUCAUCCCUUGGAUUCCAGCACUAUCGCCAACCACUGAUGAGCCGCAACCACCACAGAGAUCUGUCCGUUAGUUACAGCAUUAAACUACAGACACUUUGAGCUUGCACACAGAGUAAAUGUAUUUAUGUUUGAAGCUGCACUUUUUGUGUUAUUUAUGUCUAACAAAACCUGGGGAGUUCUGGACUGGCAUGCUUGACUGAACAAGGUGAGAGAUUAGAACUUCUUUCUGUCAGACACACAGACAGAUGGAUGAUUAUGCUAUCUGAAACAGAAAUGUUUUAUCAGUAUGUACAUCAAAAUAUAGUUAUUUUUUCUGGUUGUGGUGGACUGAGUGUUAUAUGAAAAAUAACAUCAUACUUUUUUGACUGUCUUUAAUGUGCAACACCCAUGUCAAGACACUUUCAGAAGUGAUUUGCUUCUGCAUUUCAGCUAUAUUCCUUAUCUAAUAUCACUAAAACAUUUUUAAAGAUGUGUUGCGUUUGGGUUAUGCAUUUUCACUUUUGAAACAGGAGUUUAUGCUUAAGUUUCUUCACAAACCGUGAUUUGCUACUUGGUGACAGGUAGUAUUAGUGGGAGGGGCAUAUUCACUCCAGAGAGCAUUUGAUUGGACAAAAAUCGGUGUCAUUCAUGAUGAGUCAUUAAUAUUUUGCUUUGUUUUACUCAUAAGAGACAGCAGUUCUUUUUAAAACUGUUUAUUUAAUUUUUAUUUUUAAUUUUGACAUGAAUUUUCACAUAUUUUCUAAAUGCAUGUUAUUGAUCUUAUUAUGAAAAAUUCAUCCAUGCAAAUGUUUCAUUUAAAUAUUCAGUCUGCCUUCAUCCAAUCAACAACCAAUGGAAAGGGCAUUUAACCAGAAUUAAAACCAGUUUACUAUGAUAUUCUGUAGUAUGCUUAUUUUACCAUAUUGACAGUGUCAAAGGACUGUCAUGCUAAGAUAAAUACUACUUUAUGGGCUUUUUAUGGUUUUCAUUUACAGGAUAUGAACAUGCAUUCUGCAAUAACACAUAUUUAUAAUUACGUUAAACGUCUCUUAAUUGUUUGCACAAAACAGAUUUCUCAAACCAUAUCUGAAAAAGAGCUGCCAACCUCUUCCCUCAUCCGCUCUGUCUCCUUGAACAUCCUGGCACUUCUUAUCUACUGCCAUCCUUCCAUUUCAUCCCUUUUUUCUCUCCUAUUUCACUCUCUGCAUCUCACAUCUCCUUUGCAGUGAUUCACUGUAUGACUCAUUGACAUUAUAUAAAUCUCCCAUGAUUCCCUACAUCACCAUGUGCUUUAUUCAAAUCCUUUAAUGUGUAUAUUGAUCUACUGCCUUUCCAUAUCCAUCUGCACCUGCUGCAAACACUGAGUUCUCAGAUAUUAUUUGUCUGUGUGGGAGGUGUUGUGUUAUGGGAUUGUAUUGUAUCGUUGAAUAUGCAUCCAUGAGCUAUUUCAUCAAGAUGUUGUCAAGGUAUAAAGAAACACUUUGAAAUAUAAAAGUCUGUUUUGUUUUGUAAGGUUUUGCAAUAUAAUGUAACAAAGAAACAUUUUUAUGCUGUGGCAAAUAUUCAAUGAAAAAUGUGCGUAUAAAGUGUACAUUUAGAGUAGCUGAAUAAAAUAAAAUCCUUUGUUUUG